AUGACGGUUCUAGAUGGCUUUAUGUUUUCAGCACCAGAAAAUAUCGGUGUUAUUGCGAUAGCUGGUCGUCAGACCUCUGGUCGAGGAAGAGGUGGAAACUCGUGGUUGAGUCCAUUAGGAUGUGCUAUGUUUAGUUUACACGUACGGAUCGAUCUUAACAGUACCUUAGGACAAAAGGUAUCAUUCUUGCAACAUAUUGUGUCGCUUGCUGUAGUUCAAAGUGUUCGAACUUUACCACAAUGUGAGGACCUACCAUUGAAAUUAAAAUGGCCGAACGACAUCUAUUUCAAUCGUCUUAUGAAAUUAGGUGGAGUAAUUGUUAAUUCUUCAAUGAUCGGAUCUGUUAUCCAUACUAUAAUCGGGUGUGGAUUCAACGUAUCCAAUAGUAAUCCAACUAUCUGUAUUAAUGAUAUUAUCAGCAAUUGGAACAACAACCACGGUACCUUCAUACCACUGUGUACCACGGAACAACUUAUAGCUCGCACUGUUACCCAUAUUGAACAGCUGAUACAUUUCUUUCAAACUGAUGGGGCAGAAGCCUUUUGUGAUCUUUAUUAUAAAUACUGGAUUCACAGCGGUGAUAAAGUGAAGGUGGAAAGUUUGGACUUUGCAGAGGCGACAGUUAAUGGACUUGACGAUUUUGGAUUUCUACAGGUGAAAUUAAAUGGUGGUAGUCUAGUGAGUUUACAACCAGAUGGAAAUAGUUUUGAUAUCAUGCACAAUUUGAUUGCCAUGAAAAGAACAUGA